CAACGCGUCCAUUUUCAACGAAGCUUAACAAACUUCAAGCGCGUCUGUUCUGUUUGUCACUGCAAGUCCAUGAAAGUCCAAACCAUGCUGUUGCAGUGUAGUAGAAGGCAAUGAUAGGCUCCUAGUGAGGUCGCGCCGCUCGUAGUGCAACAGCUGCUCUAGUGUGUUUAUGAAGAGCAAAGUAAUGGAGCGGUUUAAAGAGACGCGUCUCGUAUGUUUGCUGCUCUUUCUGACGCUCAGCGUGGAUUUGGGAUUCGCGUUCGGACAGAAUAAGGACACCGAGUUCACUUUCCUUCUACCUGCCGGAGCAACCGAGUGCUUCUUCCAAACAACCACUCAGAACGGCAGCAUGGAAGUGGAGUACCAGGUCAUUGCAGGCUCAGGGCUGGACAUCGGCUUCACUCUGAUCUCCCCGCGUGGGUACAGAUUGGUCUCCGACUUCAGAAAAUCAGACGGCAUACACACGGUGGACCCCACUGAGGAGGGCGACUACAGGAUUUGCUUUGACAACAGUUUCAGCCGUAUUUCAGAGAAGAUGGUGUAUGUGGAGGUGAUCGUGGAUGGACCAGAGGAUGAGGAUGAGGAUGAUGAAGAUUGGGCUGCUCUGGCUGAACCAGAGGACUCGCUGGAGUACAAACUGGAGGAUAUCAGGGACACAAUGGACGCUGUGCACAAGAACCUGGAGCGAAGCCGUCAGCUGCAGACGACGCUGCGGACGUUCGAGACUCGUGACCGUUACCUGCUGGAGGAUAACCUGUGGCGGGUUUCUUUCUGGUCCAGCGUCAGUCUGCUGGUCAUGGUCAGCGUGGCCCUCACCCAAGUCUACACAUUACGCAGAUUAUUCAGUGACAAACACAGAGUUUGCACAUAGCAGAGAUGAACUGGAGAGGGAUCUGUAGGGAAGAUGCUGUAACACUUUGUGCACUGUUAACAAAACAUACAAACUAAUGGAUUCUGGAAAUGAAGACAUGCGGAAACUCUCAGGUCCAAAAAAUACCCCUCUAGUUUAUUGCAGAAUUGAAGUGUUUAGAGCUAUCAAUGAAUCCGAAAUCUUGGAGCUUGACCAUGUACCAUUUCUCACAAAGAGUUUUCUUUAGAGCGCUAGCACUGCUGAACACUAAAUUUACUUGAAGUACUGUAGGAACAUUUGAAUGUAAUUUUGUACUUGACGUUUAAAAUACUGUGAUUAAAAUAAUUUAUAAGACUUUUGAAAUAAAUAACAUUGCGAUUAACAUUUCUCGUGGGUUUAUAUGGCAGUAAAAUAAAAAUCCAAGGGAGUGUUUUGCUUUGAAUGGUUUUAUUAUACAGCACAUUAGCAUCUCAUUUGGAACAAAUGCAGCUCAGUCGUAUGUGGCGUAGCAAGUGCAAAUGCAAAAUGAAUUUAAAACUCAUCUGGGUUGUUGAUGUUACAUUUCAAGUCAAUUGCUGACUGCAAUGAAUUGAGUUAUUACUGUAUUGUGGGAAUCAGAAUCACAUUGUUUCAUUCAUAUCUUUGUUUCUACAGGUUAAUCUGUAGGUUAAUUCAUUUUCUGUGUUUCUUAUAUUCUUCCAUCACCAUGCAACAAUAUACAAGUAUUUUCAUUAAACAAGAAGCCUAGUAAAAAUUCUGUACAACCUUAUUCAUUACAAACUACCUAUAAAUAAGAGUCCCUAGAGUUCAAUGAAAUAAUUCACAGGCAUGAUGCUUAGCUAAUGACAUCAUUUAUUCAGUAGAAAUUUGGCAAUUAGGUCAUCACUUGUAAACCAACUUAUGGCAAGUUGGGUCACAUGUGCCUUGUCAACCAAUCGUAUUCUCGUCCUGAUCUGGCAGGAGCCACCCACUCCCAUAAAGCAUUGCAGAUUACAUGUUUAUUCCCAUGGAUGCGUCUAACUUUGCUUUUUAUCCCCUUCCCUUGCUAACUUCCCUUCAUCUCGUUGAUUCGGCUAUACGUCAGUGCUUGCAAGAGUGCUUGCUCCUGUUGGAAACUUUGCAAUAGGUUGAAUUGGAACAUCCGAACCGAAGCUGUUGAUCAUUUGAAUUUCUUAGAAGUUUGCAAAAGGCUGUCUAGAAGUGUAGUGGAGCACACUCUCUGAUGUGUUUUUGUAGGCCAAAACCUGGAAC